CGGCAACGGAGAAGGGUUCGGGCCCGGGCCAAGUUCGGCGAACGGCGCUCGCGCGGUUUUGGCGUCUGCCCGGGCGUCGUCUGCUGCCACGAUCCCCACCCCGUCAUCGGAGACUCAUCGGCAUUACCGCAGCGCACGCAGAGGAUACUGCUACGGUGCGAGCCGGCCGCGUCCACAAAACACAUCGGCGCAAGCCAAGUACACGUGCAGCGCUAGCAGACAGAAGGAGGCAUGGCGCGCAGCCUGGUUCCCUCGGCGUGGUUCCCCGGCCGCGACUGGUGGUCGGACACGUGGGACGUGCCCAGCAGCCGGCUGUUCGACCAGCACUUCGGCACCCCGCUGCUGGACGACGACCUGAGGGCGCUGAGGCCCACGCGGAUCGGCAUGCGAGCCCCAUUCCGGAGACAGCUGUCCAGGGGAGCAGGAGGAGGCGGCGGAGUGUCCGAGCUACGAAACGAGCCGGACUCUUUCCAGGUGAUGCUUGACGUGAGCCACUUCUCGCCGGAGGAGAUCACGGUGAAGACGGUGGACCGGUGCAUCAGCGUGUCGGCGCGUCACGAGGAGCGCAUGGACGAGCACGGGUUUGUGUCCCGCGAGUUCACCCGGCGCUACGUGCUGCCCGAGGACACGCUGCCCGAGCAGGUGUCGUCCACGCUGUCACCCGACGGCGUGCUCACCAUCACGGCGCCCAAGAAGCCACCCGCCUCGGCGCCCAACGAGCGCAUCGUGCCCAUCGCCGUGCAGGGCGCCGCCGCGCUGCCCUUGCCCGUGCCCGUGCAACACGAGCCCUGAGACAGCGCCCAAUAAAAGCCGCUUUGGCACCAUG